AUGCCUCAGGAUAUGCCCCCUAUUGGGGGCUACAAGCCUGUCCAAUACAAGCGCAACCUUCCAAUUCGCGGAUUUAGGCCCGUCUAUUAUCUACUCGGAAUGCAUGCCAUUAUGGCAUAUGGGUUUUAUAAGUUAUGGCUUGGUCAGCGGGAGAAGAACGAACUUGCCCGUGAGAAAAUAUGGGCCCGAAUUCAUUUGAUUCCUGUCCUCCAAGCCGAAGAAGAUCGUGAUCAAGUUCGGCGAUACUAUGCGGACAAGGCGAGAGAGAAGGAAUUAAUCGGAUCGCAAAUAAAUGUUUACAACUCUGACCGAUUUGUGAGGCCCACAUUCAUGUACACACCAGCCACCCCAGAUGUAUAG